AUGAUGUCAAAAGCGUCGUAUAUGAUGCAGGAUCACCUGCGGCGCAACUUUGCGCUCAUUACCGACAUACACAACCCCAAUGUUUUCCUAGUGCGUGGUACGCUCCCUUUUCCUCAGGGGCUAGCAGUGUUGACGGCUCUAUUCCGUGGCAAACUGGCCGCGGAUGUGUACAGUCAUCCCUACUUCAUCGAGAAGCAAAGUGACCCCUCGCAGCCGUCACCACAACUGCACCUCACGGAGGAGUGCCAGAGUGUAAUGAAAAUCAUCAAGGGUAUGCAUUUCAUGAACGAUACCACGAGUAGGCUUGAUAACACCGUUGUGUUCGUGUCAGACUACGACGUUCAGGUGAAGGCCACUGUGCUCACGUAUGCCAGCGAGGAAGAUGAAGAUGCGCUGUUGAGAGAACAGAAGCGGCUGGAGGGUGAGAGUGAUGAGGAGUGGCAAGGGCGGCUACUACGACAGCGCUGGCAAAGGAGUGCAGCGGGUCGGCGGAAGAGCGGAGGAAACACCGGGUCUUCUUCUUUUGAGGCUUCCCUUCGACCCUUCACACGACAGAGUCACCAUAGUAACGAUGGACCAGAUGAAUUGGGGAAGGCCAAGCGGCUCGUAGAGCGGGAAGGCGCCCAUACCGUUCUGUACAACCCCAUCGAUGUCGAUCCCAAAACAUUUGUAGCAACAAUUAACAAACUUAACGACGAAAACCGGGUGGUGAAGACGAUAGUCGUACCAACCCGACAGGCGUGGGGAAGCGUUCAUGCGUGGGCCGAGGCUUUCCCCGACGCAGAAAUAUUGUGCAGUGGCGAGAAGCCCAUUCCCAGCGGUGCUCAGAACAGGCAGCAGGAGGUCGUUCGCCCGACCGGGGGAUGUAUGAACAUGGGGAACGGCCUGACGGGGCUUUCAUUUCCAGAGGUGGACGAGGCGGAGGUUGCAGUGGGAAGUGCUGUCGAUAAUGACACUGAGGUGGCCAUGGUCGCGGACGAUAUUAACAACAUCUGCCGCCUGUGCUCCAGUCAGCCCGACAGUGUGAGUUGGCGAGUCGCGGAUGAAGAAGUACGGUGCUCAUCUCGCGUACAACCACUUGGUACAUUAAUUCAGAAGCAAAUAACUCCCAAUAUCGAGCUGCUGCGUGUGGCUGGCGAUGACCUGACGAACGAGUAUGUUAUGUAUGACCGCAAUAGUGCCAGCCUUGCGUGCACUGACUUAUUUCAUGGAGAGUACGGUGACCUGGACCCAGUUAACUCGUGGCUGUGUCGUGUAUGGUUUAAAUUCAUGAAGCAGGGGAAUUAUAAACGUGUGGACCGCGUACCAGAGUUUAAGUGGCUGCAGGUGAAGAAUCAUGGUGAUUUGAAAGCAGUCCGUGAGUCAGUGGAUAUAAUCACGAGUAUGUUUCCUAUGAAGUUUCUAUUGUAUGCGCACGGUACACCACCGCUUGCUGAGAACCCUGCGAAUGCCCUGCGUCUCCAGUGGGGUAUGCCUCCACUAUCUUAG